CGGUAGGCGCCCCACCGCUCGUAGGGCGGAGCCGCGUCUGUGAGCACGCGCACGCCAGGCGCCGACCGCCAUAGAAAAGGCUCUCCGUCACUUCCGGCGCGGGCAGAGCGGGACACAGAGGCAGUGGCGGGAGGUCGGUCUUCGGCAGAGGAGACGGCAGCAGCAGCAGCGAGCAGCUGAGGCGGCGACAGCGGCAGCAGAGGCGGAUUCGGCGGCAAGACAGGGCAGCGAGGCAGCCCGGCGGCACCAUGAGCGACAGCGGCGAGCAGAACUACGGCGAGCGGGAAUCCCGUUCCGCUUCCAGAAGUGGGAGUGCCCAUGGAUCUGGGAAAUCCGCAAGGCACACCCCUGCAAGGUCACGUUCCAAGGAAGAUUCCCGGCGCUCCAGAUCCAAGUCGAGGUCCAGGUCUGAGUCUCGAUCGAGAUCCAGAAGAAGUUCUCGAAGGCAUUAUACUAGAUCACGUUCUCGCUCCCGCUCCCACAGACGAUCCCGGAGCAGGUCGUACAGUCGAGAUUACCGAAGGCGACAUAGCCACAGUCACUCUCCAAUGUCUACCCGUAGGCGUCACGUUGGGAAUCGAGCCAAUCCUGACCCCAAUUGUUGUCUCGGAGUGUUUGGAUUGAGUCUAUAUACUACUGAGAGGGAUCUCAGAGAAGUAUUUUCCAAAUAUGGCCCAAUUGCAGAUGUGUCCAUUGUGUAUGACCAACAGUCUCGGCGCUCCCGAGGAUUUGCCUUUGUCUACUUUGAGAAUGUGGAUGAUGCCAAGGAAGCUAAAGAGCGUGCCAAUGGAAUGGAACUGGAUGGCCGGAGGAUCCGAGUAGACUUUUCUAUAACAAAAAGACCCCACACCCCAACCCCUGGAAUCUACAUGGGAAGACCUACUUAUGGCAGUUCCCGCCGUCGUGAUUACUAUGAUCGAGGCUACGAUCGAGGCUAUGAUGAUCGUGAUUAUUACAGCAGAUCUUACAGAGGAGGAGGUGGAGGAGGAGGAGGGUGGAGAGCUGCCCAAGACAGGGAUCAGAUUUACAGGAGGCGAUCACCCUCCCCAUAUUACAGUCGUGGGGGUUACAGGUCACGGUCUCGGUCUCGAUCUUAUUCACCUCGUCGCUAUUAAAGCAUGAAGAUGGUGGAUUUCUGAAAUGGGAUUUUUGUUUUGUGGACAAUAUUUUUUUAUUGUCUCCUGUUUAAAAGUGAACAGUGCCUAGUGAAUAGGUGACUUUUACACCUUUUAUGAAGACUACUUUUGGUGGAGUUGAAAUGCUGUUUUCAUUCUGCAUUUGUGUAGUUUGGUGCUUUGUUCAAAGUUAAGUGUUUUCAGAGAAGUAUGUUUUGCAUGUAUUUUUUUACAGUCUAAAUUUUGACUGCUGAGAAGUUUCUAUUGUACAAAAACUUCAUUUAAAAGGUUUUUCUACUGAAUCCAGGGUAACCUGAAGAUUUGACAUUUAUGUAAAAUGCCUCCAAAUGGUAAACCAACAAUAAACAGUUUGAUUUCUACUUUUCUUUUCACCACAUCAAUGCUUAUUAGGAAAACUGAAUUUUCAAAUUAGUCUGUGGAAAAUAGUCAGAUGCCCUUUCACCCUUGCCAUUUAGAGAGCACCGAACUUAAUAUAUCUACAACUGAGUGUUAUGAUUAUAAUACUGUGUAACUCUGUAUUACUAGUAUUAGAACUAAAGGUAUUUCUAUCCAGCAAUUGCUUAUUGCUUGUCUGAGUGUUGUUUGUCAAGCCUUUAUGUAAUCUGUGCAAAUAGCAAGUGAGGACAAUAGUUACGGUCUAAGGGGGCCUCUAAGAAGGCCUGUCUUCCUCACGAGGAAGUGAUGUGGAGCUUUUGGCUGUCGAUGAGUUAAUGGGACAUUCCACCACAUAUGUAAUCUUAAUUUUCUGGCUUUUGAUUACAAAUAAAAAUGGGUGCUUCAUAAGAGAUGGGAGAAAGGAACACGCCAGCAGUUUGAUGAGUGAACUGAAGACUUUGCCUGUUAAAUUUCAAAAACUUUUGAGAUCUUUUUGCUUACCAAAGGAGGCCUGAUUCACUCGACUGUUUUGAAAGCUGUGUUUAAAUAAACUGUUAAUUAA